AUGAAAAUCUUUGCGUGCUGUUGUCCGUUCUUCCUUUCUCAGGUGAGACGCAACUGCAGCAACAUUGCCUGCGACGACAUGGGAAGGGUGAUCCUUGAGGACAUCAGUGCCCGCUCGGUUUCCCGAAGUGAAGUGAAAGCUGGGGCAUCCCUACAAGCAUCGUGUAAGAUGCACUUUGAACAAAUGAAAGAGGAUAUUUCUGAAAUGGACCCGACUUGUUCAGCUAUGUGUUUCUACGGGUACCGACAAGAUGCAACCAACGAUAAGAAAAAACGUAGCACUUUGGAAUUGGACAGCUCCUAUGUGAUUUUUGAGACAAAUGGCCCUCCUCCUUCUUUGAAGGAUUCUUCAGUCAAGUUGCAUCGGUUGAGUGAUGUUUUGCCAAUCACAGAUGAGACAGCUGGAGGGACGGUGGGCUUCACUUUGAAAGCCCUUAAGUCUUUGGGUUGCCCGUCUUGGGAUGCAUGCAUGGAAGAGCUGUCAAAGCUCCGGGUUCCUGUGAUGCGGCUGUCGUACUUUUUGAAAAGCAAGCUGACCCCGAAACAAGUGGAGGAAGAUGGGGGCCAUCUAACUGCACUGGUAAAUUUCAAAGCUGCCGAGAUCUUUGAGAUGUUCAAUGAUUUGGCAGGUGACAGAUGCUGGCAUGCCUUGAGUCAGCAAGUGUUGUCGCGAGGGAAUGGGGACGGGACACGGGAGAAGGAUGCCCAAUUUCUCCUGUCACUGGCAGCAAAGAUUUUAGUCAACUACGCUUCUUCUUUUCGCCGGAGGGUGAUUCAGCCAGUCGAAAGUUUCCCUCUCAGGCUGUUGAAGUUUGCAAACAAGUCAUCAGAGGUUCUGAAAUCUUUGGCUGAUGAAUUGCUGGACUCACACUCGUCAACACUUGACCAUUCAGCCUUGAAAUUCAGGGAAGCCUUCGAAUCAGAUUUGAAGUGCGUGUCUCAGAAUGGAACUUUACCGCCGCGUGUUGCAACUUUUGUGAGUGGACUGAAACAACAUUGGCGAGCAGAUGUCCGUGAUUCGGAGAGAACCAACAAAAUGGUGUCGAUGCUGCAAGAACGGGCCCCCAACAUCGGUGACGACCUGCUGUCAAGCAGGGUGUGUUUGAAGUUCUUCAUGUCAGAAUGUUGCGCUGGUCAAGGUUUGCAGGGAAAACGUUGGAGUCUUUUCAAGCCAGUUGCUGAAGCCCUCAAGAACCUGUGCUUGAGUGGCUGGGAGACCAAAGAGGAAAUUUCAGGUGUUGCUGGUAGAUUUGCACCCCCUGAGAAACCUGAAAACAUUCCGGGGCUGGCGGAGAUGAAUAGAGAGUAUAUGAAAAUUACUGGGAGAGCAUCCGUGUCAGUAGCCAGCAAAUGGGCAGUCUGUGUGAACAUGACCCUGAACCAACAAAUUGCUUCGAGUUCAGUGAAUGAGUGCAUUGCAACCAUCAUAUGCUUUGGGGAGAAACAGCUGUCUGGUCGCGGAAACAUUUACACACCUUACCUUGUGGCAGAAAAGGUGAGGACAACCAUGCAUUUGCUUCGCUGUGACUUCCAGUCGCAUCAGGGUUGUGGUGGUGGGAUCAGCAGGUCCUUCAAGGUGAAAGUCCCAUUGCAGUUUACCACAUCACAUGAUGUUUUGUCAAGCUUUUUUCAAGAUGUUGUAAAGCGUGGCAAACAUGUAUCUGUGAUGGGGCUUGGCGUCAAUCAUUUUGCGACGUUGGAAGAAGUUAUGGAGGGUUCAGGCAUUUUGCAGGGUACUAUUGGCCCGACCAAGUUGCUUCUCAAGUUGACAAAGCCUGACUCAAAAUUGCUUCGCCAAUUGGGGCAGCAAACAACUGACCCAACACAGGGCCCAACGGACAGACAGGACCACGGUCAGGGUGAUGUUCUCAUGCAUUUUGGCAAUGCAGCAGACGCAGAACAGGCAAGUGAUUCAAAAGAUGUCGGCAACGAACAAAAUGAUUCAAAUGAUGCUGCGGCUGAAGGUUUGAACCUUUUGUUGGAAGAGGCUGAGAACGAACAACAACGAGUUGACCAUGAUGACAUCAAUGAUUCGGGGAAUGGUUCUGAUCAACAAGAUCAAUCUCCUGACUGUGAUGAUGUGACUCUAGCUGACAACUUUUGCAGACAAGAGAUCACUUUCGGCUCAGGGUGUGAUCAGGCUCAAGAUGAUGCAGAAGAGCGCUCUUACGCGGAAGAGUUUGGGAAAGAAACUGGAGAAACUGAAGUGACAGAACAAGAGAACAAAAUAGUUGACCAGAUCAAACAAGCUUCAUCCUAUGUCAGUGCAACAAACACUGAGCUAGCAAAUCCAAUGGGAGAUCACUUGACUUUCGAGGAAACAAUCAAUGAGGCUCUACUGAACGAUGCAAGAGCUUGUGGAAAUUUUGCCAAUCUCUUGGUGGACAACAGCCAGAAUGAUGUGGGAACUGUGGGAACUGCUGGACACUAG